UUCAAUCAUUACUUCAUUGAUGCUUACUUUUUUCAUUGCAAGAUUUACUUCAAUCCUCUGCAAGAAGAGGACCCAUCUCGUCUCCCUCCAUCACAAUGCUUCUCACAUUUUCAAUUCCUUUUCUUCAGUUUCAAAAGUGUCUGAAUCAAAUCAACGAAAAGGAAAAUCUGGAGAGCAUGAUUCAUUUACUUUUUAUUAUCUCAUAGACUCCCUGGCAUGCCCUCCAAAGUAGCUAUGGAAGUAUCCAAACGGGUUAAACUAAAAGCCUCUGAUAAACCUAACUUGGUACUUAAUCUAUUUAGGACUUAUGGAUUCUCAGAUGCCCAGAUCUCUAAAAUUGUGGAAAAGUGUCCACGUGCCCUUUUAGCGAAGCCUGAGGCGACAUUUUCGCCGAAGCUAAGCUUUUUCCUGUCUAUAGGGUUUUCAAAGUCUGAAUUGCCAGAGUUCAUCCUAUCAGAUUGCAAAAUCUUAUUCCUGAGCUUGACGAAAACUAUAAUCCCCCGUUACGAGGCCCUUAAGAGCGUACUUGGUGACGAUGAUCACGCCAGUAGAGCUUUUAAACAAUGGGAUUGGCACAAUAAGGAUCCGACGAUUUUACUUUCAAACAUAGAGGUGUUGAGAGAACAUGGAGUGCCUCAGUCUUCUGUCUGUCUGUCGACUAGUUACUCAUUAUGCAAGGGCUGCGAAUAUAGAUCCGGCAAAACGUUCAUCCAUGCAGUUUCUGUUUUAGCAUUGACAAGCAAAUCUACUUGGGAGUCGAAGCUGGAUAUCUAUGAGAGGUGCGGCUUGUCCAGGGAUGCCAUUCUUUCAGCAUUUGGGAGGUUUCCAAAUUGCAUGAUGCUGUCGGAGGAUAAAAUCACAAGCACAAUGAAGUUUCUUGUGGAUGACAUGAGUUUGUCAUUGGUAGAUAUUGUUAAUUGCCCUGUACUUCUUGGCUACAGCUUGGAGCAAAGGAUUAUUCCUAGAUGCUCAGUUUUUAAAAUUUUGAAAACUAAUAGUUUGAUCAAAAGGGACAUAUCCUUAUGUUCCUUGGUAAGCUUUAGUGAAACAAAAUUUCUGGAAAAAUUUGUGAUUCCGUUCCAGGAAAGUGUUCCUCGGCUAUUGGACAUUUAUAAAAGUCGUUCCUGA